AUGGGGUCACGUUGCUCUAAUGGAGUUGAUGAUGGAAGCAUUGGUAUUCUAUAUUUCGAAGGUCUAAAUAUGUUCUCGUCAGUAUGGCGGGCCCUGCUGCUGGGUCAGGUGGCCUCGCUCCUGCUGUGUGUCACGGGCGCCUGCUGCCACCUGCUGAACAAGACAUACCACCUUCAGCUGCCAGCAGCGGUGAGCUUCAUCAACUACGUGCUGCUGUGCCUGGUCUACACGACGUGGCUGGCGUGCCGCUCGGGCGAGGGCUCCCUGCUGCGCGUGGUGCGCACCAAGGGCCUCAAGUACUUCGUCCUCGCCGCCGUCGACGUCGAGGCUAACUACCUGGUGCUCAAGGCCUACCAGUUCACGUCCGUUACGUCAGUGCAGUUACUGGACUGCUUCGUGGUGCCCGUGGUGCUCGCCCUCAGCUGGCUCUUCCUCAAGGUCCGCUACAAGCUGGUCCACGUCCUCGGGGUCGGCCUCUGCCUGCUGGGGGUCGGGUGCCUGGUGUGGGCCAACGUGGAGGACGGCAAGGCGGCCAUCCCUGGUGCUGAGCGACUUCUGGGCGACAUGCUGUGCCUGGGCGGGGCCACGCUGUACGGCAUCAGCAACGUGGCCCAGGAGUACGUGGUCAAGACCUACGACAGCGUGGAGUUCCUGGGCAUGAUGGGUCUCUUCGGCUCACUCAUCAACGGCAUCCAGCUUGCCAUCCUAGAGCGCAACGACGUGGGGUCCGUGCGCUGGGACACCUGGCCCGUGCUGGCUCGUGGGGGCUUCAGUGCCGCUCAGUUCCUCUUCUACGUAGUGGCACCAGCCGUCAUCCGGGUCACCUCGGCCACGGCACUCAACCUGGCACUGUUCACGGCUGAUUUUUACAUCCUCAUCACCGGCAUCGCACUCUUCAAGUUCAAGCAAUUCCAUCCACUGUACUUCCUGUCAUAUAUCCUUGUCGUGACAGGGGUUAUAGUGUUUGUCAUUAAACCCACUCCAAUCGCUUCAACUAGUAGAGGUUACUACAGCAGCGGCAACGAAGUGGAGCUAACCACCACUCCUGGAACGACUACCAGCAGCAUGGGAGGUGGGGCAUCUUUCACAGACUGGCCCCCCCUCCCUCCUGAGGUCAGGGGCUGCCCGGACUACCCCUACCCCCACUCACACUCAACGGAAUUCAGGCCAGGAGGUAAAGAGUACCCCAGCACGCCCCCUUCACCCCCGCAGCAGUUCCGGUCCCUGCCACGCCCUGCCCGACGUGAGCCAUAUCCAGCAGGUAGUAGUGCCGGUGGACAGAGAUCGGCAACUCUCCACCGCCCAGCGCGGCAACUCUAUAGAGCCAACGGUGCCUCAUCCUCUUCCCACGAGCUGGGAGAUGUGAGAUGUUAGGCUGGGAGAAAAGAUGCUAGGUCUUUAGCAUCUAGUGCGUCGUGUGCAUCUCAGUGCUCUGCCAUUUGACUGCAGCACCUCAAUGGAAGCUAUACUGCACUGAUGUCUUCAUCACUGAGUAUCAUAUUGUCUUUGAAGAAUCUAGUGAGAUCUUUUACUCAGUACUCAAGCUUCAUUGACAAGCCCAAAACAACAAGAUAAAGAAAAAAAAUUAUACAACAGCAUAUUUUUUAUGUAGUCUGCCUCCACUUCUAUCUGGUGAGGUGAAGCAAUAACUGCAGAUGCUUAGAUUUUUUUCCCCUUUUUUCUGUAUCUGCUAAAUGUUUGGUGCUCCAUACAAGGCAAAGAAUUUUUAUCCAUUUUUUCAUUCUUUUGUGGAUAAGCCUUUUUCCUCCACCUUCAAAGUUUGAAGAGGUUAAAAUGAAAUCAUGAUCUAAAAUGCAAAUUUUCAUUUUUGUGUUUUGUGAAUUGAGUGUUAAGAAAUAGAUAUAUAUGUGAAUAUAUUGAGAAGAAAUGUGUGAUGAAGAUAUAUGUCAGGCAA